CCGCCUGAGAAAGAAAAUGAAAGGACAAACUCACACGCGUCGACGCCCAAUCCCUUCCUCCUCCUCCUCCUCCUCCUCUAACCCUCAUUUCCGUCACCACCUCUGAUUUAGCAGCAUUUGACUCUCGGGUUUAGGACAAACGGCGCGAUUCUUUCCUCUCUCGCUCCCUCCUUCCUCCGAUCCGCAUCUCUUUACCUGAACCUCUUCGCCCGCUGUCGCGCUUCCGACUACAGACGUCAGAAGUAACGCAAAGGAGACGAAACGUUCGCUUGAUGAUGGAAUGCAUAUGGAGAAGGAAGGCUGUGAGCCCUUAAUAUGCAUCCUUGUGACCAAGGCACUAACUUUUAUCUACUUAGCACCUUUGUUAUUUGAGCCUUCACCAUCCAAAACAUGUGAAUCCAGAGAUGGUGUAUCUUGCAUCGAGCCCUGUGGCCCCAUAACUCCAUGUGCAAAUAGCUCUUCCAUUAAUUCAAAAGGUUGAUGUCACCGUGGCUGUUGAUUUUGUUUUAAACUGGAAAUAUAUUCCUAGAAGCCAGUGUAAUCAGAAUCUCUGGAAGAGGCGUCAGAAUCCUACAAAAAAGAAAUGGCUGCUGAUAACGAAAUUAGCUUUCAGCUAAAUAGUGCAGUGAGAAGAGGAUCGAUUGAGACUGUCCGACGGCUGAUGGAAGAAGGUGCCAAUAUCAAUUCAAAGGUGAAUGAUGGCUGGACAGCUCUCCAUAGCGCUGUACAAAACGAUGAAGAGGAGAUUGCCCGCCUUCUGCUGGACAAAGGAGCUGAUCCACUGGCUAGGAAGGAUAACAAAGCUACUCCUUUUAUUCUAGCAGGAAUAACAGGCAACGUGGAGCUUUUAAAGCUCUUUCUUCAGAUGGGGUCAGACAUCAAUGAGCAUGAUUUCAAUGGCUUCACGGCAUUCAUGGAGGCUGCUCGGUAUGGGCGAGAGGAGGCCCUGAAGUUUCUGUACGAGAGCAAGGCAGAUGUUAACUUGGGCAGAGUAGUUGAUGAGGAGAAAAAGUCCUUGAAUAAAGGGGGGGAAACAGCCCUGAUGGAUGCGGCCAGGUGCGGCCACCUCUCUGUUGUCAAAGCCCUAGUUGAAGAGAUGAAUGCUGGCGUGAACAUCUGUGACAAUUGGGAGAGGAAUGCAUUAGUCCAUGCUCUAUCAGUGACUAAAAAUGACCAGGCCCAAGACAAAGAGGCAGUUGCCCUUUUCCUCUUAAAACACGGAGCUGAUGUGAACAAGAGAGAUGAAGUUGGGAAAACUACUCUCAUCCUGGCAGCUGAAAGGCAAAGCCAAGAUGUGGUGAGGGCUAUAUUGGGGGAAAAUGAAGUUGACGUGAAUGACGCUGACAGAAACGACAUAACAGCAUUGAUGGCAGCAGUGAAGAAGGAAAAUUAUGAAAUAGCACAGAUACUGUGUGAAAAGGGAGCAAGAACAGACAUUGGGGACCUCAUUGAGAUCGCCAGUAGGACUUACAACAACAAAAUGAUAAAGCUUCUUCACCAAUACAGACCGUUGGCUAGUCCAAGGCAGCCAGAGAUACAGUGGAGCUCCUCUAGCAGACGCUGGCAGUCCAAGCUCCAGGAUCUCCGCGGAAAGUAUCGUCCUAUGAUUGGAAAACUCAAGAUCUUCAUGCUCCCAGAUUUCAGGAUUCAGAGAAGCUCCCACGGAGGCGUCUACCUAGGAUUCUACAAUGAAGAAGAGGUGGCUGUGAAGAUAUUCCCCACUAGUGCAGAAAAUGCUGAGCGAGAGAAAACCUGCCUUGAGAAAUGCCGUAUCAGCAAUCAUCUGGUGAAGUUCUGUGGGUGGGAAGAACAGAAGUCCUGUCUCUACUUGUGCCUCUCUCUGUGUGAGAAAAACCUUGAGGAGUACUUCAGAACACCAGAGAUUAAGAAUGCAACUAUUAAAAAUAAAGACAUUCUUGAAACAAUAUUUCAGGCAGUGAAGGAAAUGCACUCAUUUGGAUUUGGACAUCAGGAUCUGCACCCAAGUAACAUUUUGAUAGAUGUCACUGGUAAGAUUUUUCUAGCAGAUUUUGACAAGAGCAGAAAAAUAAAUGAUGGUGAAAAAGAUGUUAUAAUCACAGAAGAUCUACAGGCUCUCAGAAAUCUAGUUCUAUAUGUUGCAAUGAGGGGCAAAAUCUGCUUUGGAGACUUGCCUGCCCAGUGUCCAGAGGAUGUAGCUGAUCAUAAAGAAAUUGAAGACCUCAGAGCAGGUUUGGAAUCUCCUGAUGAAAACAUACCAGUCAGUGAACAACUGGGACAGCUGAUCUACCAUCCUUAUUUCUGGAACAAACAGACGAAAUACAGGGUCUUAAGAGAUGUUGGGAAUGAGAGUGAUAUAAAGACACGCAACACUAUGAAUCAUAACAGCACUAGUAAAAUUUUGAAGGCUUUGAAUCGUGAGGAGAAUCCUUUCAAGGACUGGAAAGGAAGGAUUGACAAGGACGUGCUGGACUGUAUGGUUCGUCCCUUUCAUGACCAGGGCAAGAAGAAAAAAAAUGAGAGAAGUUAUGAAAACUGUGUGACAGAUUUACUGAAGCUGAUCAGGAAUAUGGGAGAGCACUUCAAUGAGAAGGAUGAGAUGGUGCGGGAGAUAAUCAAGGAGCCAGCAGACUAUUUUCUGAACCUCUUCCCAAAUUUAACAAUUUAUGUCUACCGAAGUUUGCAUAAUAUACAAUAUGAUAAACAUUUUCCAAAUGCGCAGAAUCCUUCUCAGCUGUAACAGGGACCACUGGACAUAAAUUCUUCAUGAGAGUUUUCUUCUGUCUUAGGGUAUGAGAGAUAAUUAAAUGACCCCUUUUCCAGAAUUAACCAUUUCCAUCUACCAGAGUUUGUGCAGCACAGUAUGAUAUAUAUUUUCUGAAUGCUCAGAAACUUUCUCGGUUGUAAUGGAAAUCAGCAGCAGUUGACUCUUGCACAUGACUCUUCUGUCUUUUGUCAGUUUGUCUCCCUUCUACUAAGAUGCUGGAUGAAAUAAGAAAAUUUCACUAUGCUUAAUAUAAAGAGACAGAAAGAAAGGAUGCAGCUGGCAGAAAGGAUCUUUAGUUGAAGUUUGUGGGUGCCCGCUUUCUUGCUUGAAAUGGAGUCCUUCUGUUACCUACCAGCUAAACACCAAGCCAUGUUUUGAAUAAUCUCUGAAUUUUACACUGUAUCUGUAGAAAGAGAAAAUAAAUAUUUUGUUUA